ACACAUUUGUUAUCGCAUAGUUUGUCAACAACGCAGCCGCCAUAUGUAAUGCCUCUUAGUUACCUACCAAAGCACUAACAUAUGGCAUUGGAGAGCAAAGCAGGCAAAGUUGCAAACAAUGAAGUGGAGGAGCUUGCCCGCGGCGACUGUAGCGAUCGCCACUGGCGUCGUCUUCUUCCUCUCUGCCAUAGGAGCACCAGCGGCCAUGGCCAGUGUCGUCGAACACACCUUUGUUGUGAGACAGGUGAAAAUGACGCACUUGUGCAAGGAAACGCUGGCAACCGUGGUGAACGGGCAGUUUCCAGGGCCAGCAAUAGAGGUCACAGAGGGAGACUCGGUGACAGUUCAUGUCGUCAACCAGUCACCCUACAACUUAACAAUCCACUGGCAUGGAGUGAAGCAGCGGCUCAACUGUUGGGCAGACGGGGUGCCAAUGAUCACCCAGUGCCCCAUUCUACCAAACCAGAACUUCACCUAUAGAUUCAACGUUGCUGGACAGGAAGGCACAUUGUGGUGGCAUGCUCAUGUUUCCUUCCUCCGGGCUUCCGUGCACGGCGCCUUGAUCAUCCGGCCGAGACGUGGGGCCAGCUCGUACCCAUUUCCGAAGCCUUACAAGGAGAUCCCCAUCAUUAUAGGUGAGUGGUGGGAAAUGGACCUUUUAAAGGCGGACUGGGACAUUAAGCAGCAUGUGAUUGAUGCUUACUUCAAUGCAUCGACAAUAAACGGAAAGCUUGGAGAUCUCUACAGCUGCUCUGGUGCCGUAGAAGAUGGAUACUUGCUUGAUGUGGAACCCGGAAGAACCUACCUGCUACGAAUUAUCAACGCUGCGCUCUUUUCUGAGUACUACCUAAAGAUCGCCGGCCACAAGUUCACGGUUGUCGCCGCAGACGCCAACUAUGUUAGCCCGUACACCACGGAUGUCAUCGCCAUUGCACCCGGUGAGACCAUGGAUGCCCUUCUGGUCGCCGACGCUGAUCCUGGCAGAUACUAUAUGGUAGCCCUGCCCAACCAGUCGCCGUUGCCAGACCCGCAAAGCCCAACGUUGAUCACCAGAGGAAUAGUUCAGUAUAGCAACAAGCAAAGAGCUGCCGAUGGAGGAGGACGUCCAUCCAGUGAUAUUCCAGUGUCACCAGAGAUGCCUGACCAGCAUGACAUGAUUACAUCGUUCUACUUCCAUGGAAACCUGUCAGGCCUACACCAUCCCCAGCACCUGGAUGUGCCGAAGCAUGUUGAUGAGCGCCUGUUCAUCACACUCGGCCUGGGCUCCAUCUGCCGGGGAGGACAAUCUUCCUGCAAGAGGAGCGAGAACAAUGAGUCCAUGGAUGUGGCGACCAUGAACAGCUUCACCUACCAGCAACCUGCGGUCGCUACACCACUCCUGGAGCUACACUACUACAGCAUCGACAACCGCGUGCUGAGCAUGCUGCAAGAGCUCCCAGACAAGCCGCCGAGGGUGUUCAACUACACCGACCCAGCCCUUAUCCCACCUGGACCCAAAGAAGCCAAGCUGGAGCCGACGUCCAAGGCGACGAUUGCACGGCGUUUCCGGCAAGGGGCUGUGGUGGAGGUGGUGUUCCAGGGUAUGGCGAUUUUAUCAAGCGAAUCGAACCCGAUGCACCUACACGGGCAUGAUGUGUUCGUGCUCGCUCAGGGCGAAGGCAACUAUGACGCAACGAGGGAUGUGCCAAGGUACAACCUUGUGAAUCCGGCUGUCAAGAACACCGUAUUUGUGCCGAGGCUUGGCUGGGUUGCUGUCCGCUUCAUCGCAGAUAAUCCAGGGAUAUGGUACAUGCAUUGCCAUUUUGGGUUUCAUCUCUCAAUGGGCAUGGUUGCAUUAUUCAUCGUAGAGGAUGGAUCAACAGUGGACACAUCUCUCCCUGCACCACCAGCGGAUUUUCCAACAUGUGGACAUGACCACAAUGUUAUGUCAAAUGAGUUCUACCCUAUCUAAGGAAAUUGAACUGACAUUGAUAAAUGGAGUCUAGUAAAUAGUUCCAAACAGUGGCUUUCAAAUAAGUUUACAGAGGAAAGAUGCAUAAAUCUCGAGAUGAAACAAAAAUCCUUGCUAGUCAAAAUUAAUCUGUAUAUGUAUCUUGAGAUGUGUCCUAUUAUGUAAACAUUUAAUCUAUAAUAUUCUAUCUUUAUGGAAUUCAGUCACUAA